GAAAAUUUUAAGAUUUUUCAGGGGUUUAUGAAAAAUAUAUACCUUUUGAAAUUUGAAUCGCAUUUGUUUUUAUUUUUUAUUUUUCCUUAUUUUGGGAUAAGCCGAAACUAGACAAUUUCUAUCUUUGAUUGAUGUUUUUCACAAAAUCAUCCUUUCUGUCUUCAGUUUCUCCCAUGGUUUCAGCGUGAUUGUUGCUGCCACACUGCCUCGGAUUUGUGCUGUUGUUUCUGAGUUUUGCUGAUGACCACUUGCCUGGUCAUUUUAUCUAGAGUUCUCAUUGUAUUUUAUGUUUAUUGGUUAUUCGUGGAAUAAGACAAAGAAUUGACUUCUCUAGUGGUGGGUUGAAUUCUGGGGAACUCUUCUUAAGUUCUUGACAAUGGAGAGCUUGGCUCAACUGGAAGCCUUGUGCGAGAAGCUUUACAAUUCAUUGGAUUCUACUGAACGAGCUCAUGCUGAGAGCACUCUGAAUUGCUUUUCUGUGGGCACUGAAUGCAUUUCACAUUGUCAAUACAUUCUGGAAAAUGCCUUGACGCCUUAUGCAUUGAUGCUAGCUAGUUCGAGCCUGUUGAAACAAGUGACAGAACAAAGACUCCCUUUGCAGCUCCGACUUGAUAUUCGAAACUAUCUUGUAACCUAUCUGGCCACCAGAGGACCUGACUUGCAGCCUUUUGUAGUUCGAUCCCUGAUCCAACUCUUUUGUCGAGUUACGAAGUUUGGGUGGCUUGAAGAUGAUGGAUUUAAAGAAGUUUUGAAAGAAGCCUUGAACUUUUUGAGUCAGGGUCCACGUCAUUAUGCCAUUGGUUUGAAGAUAUUGAACCAGCUUGUUUCUGAGAUGAAUGAGCCCAAUCCAGGAUUGCCUGCUUCUUAUCAACGCAAGAUAGCUUGCUCUUUCAAAGAUCAAUCUCUUUUUAAGAUAUUUGAGAUAUCUUUAACUUCACUCUGUCAACUUAAGGAUGAUGUUGGAAGCAAGUUGCAGGAACUGGCUCUUUCGCUGUCCUUUAAAUGUUUAUCAUUUAAUUUUAUGGGGACUUCAUCUGAUGAAAGUUAUGACGAGAUAGGUAUUGUUCAGAUCCCAAAUUCUUGGAGGCCAGUCCUUGAGGAUUCCUCAACACUGCAGAUCUUUUUCGAUUAUUAUGUAAUCACUCAAGCCCAUUUUUCAAAGGAGGCUCUAGAGUGCUUGGUGUUGUUGGCUUCUGUAAGGCGAUCCUUAUUCACAAAUGAUUCUGCACGAUUGAAGUUUUUAUCCCACUUAAUGAUGGGAACCAAAGAAAUACUACAAACAGGAUUAGGUCUUGCUGAUCAUGAUAAUUAUCAUGUGUAUUGUCGCCUCCUUGGACGUUUUAAAGUGAAUUAUCAGCUAUCAGAACUAGUCAACAAUGAAUACUAUAGUGAUUGGAUACGAUUAGUAGCUGAAUUCACAUUAAAGUCUCUGCAAUCCUGGCAGUGGGCUGGCACAAGUGUCUACUACCUUCUUGGGCUUUGGUCCAGAAUGGUAACAUCUUUACGGUAUUUGAAGAGUGAGUCACCCGACCUGUUGAAUGAUUACGUGCCCAUGAUUAUAGAAGGUUUCAUUUCUUCAAGAUUUGAAUCAUUGCAGUCUGAACUGUUGGAUGAACUUUCUGAGAAUCCACUUGACAAUGUUGAACUUCUUCAAGAUCAGCUUGAUUUCUUUCCUCACCUCUGUGGAUUUCAGUAUGAAAAUUGUACUACAUAUAUAUUGAAGAUUUUGGAGCCUAUCUUGCGAAUGUAUAUGGAAGGAGCAGGACUCCAAGUUUGCUCGGAUAAUAAGGAACUCUCAAUCAUUGAAGCCAAACUUGCUUGGAUAGUGCAUAUUGUUGCUGCCAUUCUUAAGAUAAAGCAUAUUGGUGGCUUGAAAAAUGAAUCGCAGGAAGUAUUUGAUGCAGAACUUUCAGCACGCGUUUUGCAGUUGAUAAAUGUCACUGACAGUGGAUUACAUAGUCAGAGAUAUGGUGAAUUGAGCAAACAAAGACUUGAUCUAGCAAUUCUCACCUUCUUUGAACAGUUUAGGAAGUCUUAUGUUGGCGAUCAGGCUGUGCAUUCUGCGAAGAUGUUAUAUUCUCGACUGUCAGAGCUUCUUGGAAUCCAUGAUAAUCUGCUAUUAUUGAAUGCUAUUGUUAGAAAGAUUGCAACUAAUCUAAAGUCUUACAAAGAGAGUGAAGAGCUUAUUAAUCGUACCUUAAGUCUCUUCUUGGAUAUGGUAUCUGGAUAUAUGACUGGAAAGCUGCUUCUGAAGUUGGAUAAUAUCAGAGUCUUAAUAUCUGACAGAGAACACUUUCCUUUUUUAGAGGACCACAGAUGUUCUCGUGGUAGAACAACCUUCUAUUACACUGUUGGCUUGUUAAUAUUCAUGGAGGAUAGUUUUCUGAAAUUCAAAUCUUCAAUGGAUCAUUUUCAGCAGGUUUUUGUCAGUUUGGAAUUGACAACUGAUGCAACGUUUCGCUUAGACACUGUAAAAUAUGCAUUAAUUGGGCUAAUGCGGGAUCUUAGAGGAAUAGCGAUGGCCACAAAUAGCCGCAGAACGUAUGGUUUCCUUUUUGAUUGGCUAUAUCCAGCACAUAUGCUGCUUCUUUUGAAAACCAUUACACAUUGGACUGAUACUCCCGAGGUGACAACUCCGUUGUUGAAAUUUGUGGCUGAGUUGGUACUGAACAAAUCUCAACGAUUGAAUUUUGAGUCAUCCUCUCCUAAUGGUUUACUUCUCUUCCGAGAGAUCAGUAAACUGAUUGUUGCUUAUGGGUCACGGAUUUUGUCCCUUCCCAAUCAAACAGAUAUGUAUAACUUCAAAUACAAGGGAAUAUGGAUAUGUUUGACCAUUCUUACUAGAGCUCUGUCUGGAAGCUAUGUCAACUUUGGUGUGUUUGAGCUUUAUGGUGAUAGGUCACUCACUGAUUCUCUUGAUGUUGCUUUAAAGAUUACAUUAUCAAUUCCCUUGGCUGAUAUUUUGGCCUUCCGGAAGCUUGCCACCGGUUAUUUUGCAUUUUUGGAAGUUAUAUUGAACAACCAUUUGGCUUUUAUAUUGAAUCGAGAUACCAACUCCUUCAUAUACAUCAUUAGAUCUCUUGAAGCGGGUCUUAAAAGUGUAAAUACAAAUAUCAUAUCACAGUGUGCAUCCAGCAUUGACAAUUUGGCUACUUUUUAUUUCAUCCACAUUAUAACAGGAGACUCACCUACUUCACCAGCUGCUCUCAAUCUUGCAAAACACAUUUCAGAUUGCCCUGGUUUAUUUCCAAAUAUAUUGAAAACCAUCUUUGAGAUGAUCUUAUUGGAAGACUGUGGCUGUCAAUGGAGUCUUAGCAGAUCAUUGCUAAGUUUGAUACUUAUAAGUGAAGAGAUGUUCACAAAUACAAAGGCUCAAAUUCUGGCUUCACAACCUAUGAAUCAGCAGCAACAUCUUUCCUUGUGCUUUGACAAACUUAUGACAGAUGUAACUCAGAGUUUAGAUCCAAAGAACAGGGACAAGUUCUCACAGAACCUCACUAGAUUAAGGAAUGAAUUUCGUGCCAAAUAACUUGUUGCUGUAGCAUCAAGAACCUAUGUACAUAACUUUUUCUUUUCUGUCUGAUUUGUUUAUUUUUCAUCUUGCGUACAAUCUUUUACUAGUAUAUACAUAAGUAGAAAUACAUCCAGAAGAUGUGUUCUAUAUUAUUGUUACUAUCAUUAUUUUA